AUGAAGCAUCGUAUGCGCCAGCUCGCUCCCUCGACGCGAUGGAAAUGGGCCUAUUUCUCCGUCGGGGCCCUUAGCACCCUGUUCUUCAUACACGCUCACUCGGACUUGCCACUGCAUGCCAUCUCGGCAUUGCCACGUCCCUUUGGCUUUCAUAAACCAGUGAUACUCGGACCUACGCUGAACGAUCUUGAAGCCGGGACAUGGACGAAGCGCGAUCCACCGCUGGACCUCGAGCACUUUUGGAACGGGGACUACACGUGGGUCGAGAGCGCAGGCCAAGAAGGAGAGGGCCUGGAGGGCGAGGCGUUGCAGACGGCUAGGAGGGAGCGUGCGGAACGCCUCGCGAGUUGGGAGUGGGCAGGCCCCGGCGCGGUGGCAGAUCUGGACGCGGAGUGGAUGCUGGUUCGCGCCUUGAGGAGUCCAGGCGGCAUCAUCCUUGUCGGAGACAGCAUCCAGUUACAACUCUUCGAGCACCUCGUCAAAUGCAUCCCUCGCACGGUCCCGCACGAAACUGUAAAGUCACAGUCCGAAGUUCAUUAUCGAGUUCCCUUAGACGAACCGCACAUGGUCGACGGUAGCUACGCCGUGUUUCUGUCGUCGUCGGAUUCGUCAGUCGUCCUGGACCUGUUACGGGCGGCGAACGCGCCCUUGGAGCGGCUCUCCCGACCUGUCAUCACGUUUGUCAGGGAAGAUCUGCUUUUGACAAUCGAGAGCGCCAGCGAGCUGGUUGGCGAGGUCAUGGGAGAAGUGGACGGCCAGCAUCGACUCAACAACGUUGUCUUCGGCAACUGGACCGACGUCCUCGCUGCGAACAGCCUGCCCAUACGCACUCAGGGGACAGGCCGCGACUGGAGCGGUGAUAGGAAGAAUGUGGUCCUACUGAACAGCGGAGCGCACUGGAGCCCAGGCUGCUUCCAUGACCUCGGGGAGGAAAGCCUUUGGCAGACGUAUUCGGCGAUGGUUCACGAAGUGGUGUCUACAUUGUCCGCCUUGCCCGCGACGACGUUGCUCUACCGACCCACCAUCCCUGGCCAUGCGUCGUGCGCGUCGUUUCUUGGGCCCGUCUCGAGCCCAGAUGAGCUCGUACCGCUCACCUUCGACGGUGACUGGGGUUGGACGCUAUUCCCAUCCUUCAACGAACUCUGGGUCAACGUCCUUCGCGGAGGUAUCACCGGUCCUCAUAUAUCCGAGGACCGCGACGCGCCGUCUAUGGGGCCGAAGCCCCCGGGCUACCUUCCGGUGUAUACCCGCAGUUUGCUGCGACCAGACGCGCACAGGAUAGUUGGCAACGAUUGUCUCCAUCUAGCAGGGCCGGGUGUGACGCAUGAAUGGGCAAAGUGGGCGAUGCAGGAGAUCGGGGCGCUUGAUAACGGCAUGGACCGUGCGCACAUCUUCCUCCACGGCGCGAGUUAA